GGCAUGCGGACAAUUGGUCCCCGUCAUUAUUUUAUACGCGGACAAUUGGUCCCCGGUAAUAUUUUAUGUUAUUUAAUAUUUUAUUUUUAUUAUUAUUAACCAAGGCCGGUAACGGUCCAAUAUGCGACCUACAAAUGUUCCUCGACCUACCGAUAAGAUUGAGUUGAUCUACAGGUUUCUUUAUCGCGAUAAUUGUCAUUAUGGGCAUUUUAUUCUAUUUUAUUUUAUUUUUGUUCUCCGAUAGGUAUACCUACUUACAAUCUUUUAUAAUACUUUACUGUCCUCAGUUAGUACAGUUCCGAUUUCAUUCGUAUGUGUCGUGCGCUUGUUUUGUGAUUUUUUAUUUAAGUUUUAUUUUGUGCGUGUGAAUUUUUUUGUUCAAACUCAACAUGACAUCUACUAUUGGUCACCUAUAUAGGAACAUUAUUAGAGAUGAAGUGGUAUGUGUUCAAUAUUUAAAAGACCGAGGGCUAUUACUGGCUGAUAAUCCGAUGACAUGUAUAAAGGUGAAAGACGGUGUCGUAUGUAAUGGCCAACUUGUGGAAUAUUUAAGAAGUAGUAAAAAACGAAAUUCUGAUGGCACUAUGAAAAGAGUUGUAACAUUACGAUGUACAAAACGGUUUUGCCAAACUUACCAAUCGAUUCGUAAAGAUAGUGACUUUUUUACAUACACGGAUCUUAACGGCCGUUGUAAUAGUCAGCUAUCAUUAUGUGAAAUAAUGGAAAUAGUUUGGUUCUGGGUUAAUUUAGUUCCAAUAAAUCAAGCUGUAAAUUGGACUAGAAGAAGCAAAAACACUAUAAUUGAUUGGUAUAAUUUAUGCAGAGAUAUACCAGUAUAUUGUUUUUCAAAAAGAGAGAAAAUGGGUGGUCCUGGUUGUACUGUCCAAAUUGACGAAUCCCUUUUUCAGGGUAAAAGGAAGUAUAACCGUGGUUGAUUACAGCGUGGGGACCAUCAGCCAUUAAGAGAAAUAAGUAAUUCCAGCAACGAAGAUUCUGAUGAAAAUGAAAUAGUACGUACAAAUAAAAAUUAUGGGAAUCGUAUAGUAGGCCCAUGGGUAUUUGGAAUUUGUUGGAAACGGCCAGACUUAUUAUUAGAACGGCGAUUUUUUAUAGUAGAAAAAUGGGAUCGAGAAACUCUUUUACAAAUUAUUAAAAAUGAAAUAAAAACUGGAACGACAAUUUAUAGUGACCA